CUUUCACUAUCGUUUUGUCGAUGGCUUACGGAAUGAGAUUUCAAUAUGGCAGCCGUCGUGAUAUCUGCACGAGUCAGUAUCGCGGAAAUGUUUUGAACUCGUUGAGUAAUUGCGACAACCGGUUGACGUACAACGCAUAGGCGUGCCUGGUGGAAACUACCAGCCACGAAGUGCCUGUUUUAAACGGCACCAGUAGAAUAGUAGACUAGUUAGUGCUUAAUUAUCCACUAAUUGAUUUCUGAGACCCCUCGACGAAAUUUUAAAAGGGGACUUCAAAUAACCAUGGGAAAACAAAACAGCAAACUGAAGCCAGAAGUACUAGAAGACCUCAAGCAAAAUACGGAAUUCUCAGAUGCUGAAAUCCAAGAAUGGUACAAAGGCUUCUUGAAGGAUUGUCCGAGUGGGCACCUCAGCGUAGAAGAGUUUAAAAAAAUAUAUGGAAAUUUCUUCCCUUACGGUGAUGCCUCUAAGUUUGCAGAACAUGUAUUCAGAACAUUCGACGCGAAUGGAGAUGGAACAAUCGACUUUCGAGAAUUUCUGUGCGCUCUCAGCGUAACAUCUCGUGGUAAACUGGAACAGAAAUUAAAGUGGGCCUUCAGCAUGUACGAUCUUGAUGGUAAUGGUUAUAUUUCGCGGCAAGAAAUGCUGGAAAUUGUGACGGCAAUCUAUAAAAUGGUGGGGUCCGUAAUGAAAAUGCCGGAAGAUGAAUCUACGCCAGAAAAAAGAACCGACAAGAUAUUCCGACAGAUGGAUAAAAACAAGGAUGGCAAAUUAUCGCUCGACGAGUUCAUAGAAGGGGCAAAAAGUGAUCCGUCUAUCGUGCGACUGUUGCAGUGCGAUCCUAGUGCACAAGCUCAGUGAGGCCCUGGGCUAUUACGCAAUUGCUUUUGAGCUACUGAAAACCUACCAAGAUUUCGAGCCGAAUGGAAGAUUUGGACAAAAAGAAAUGAUGGAAAAAGAAGCAAAUGACGAGGAAAUGACAAAGAAAAUAAAAUGAAAAAUGGGAAGCCGAAAGAAUCACGCUCACGCGCAUAAACUGUUUUAGAGAUUUAUUUUUACGAGUGCGUAUGUCGCGUGUACGUGUGCGAACAUGCUAUGUGUGCGACUAAGUAUUUUAAUGUGCAUUUGCGCGUAUGCAUACGAAUAGAGAAGAAGCAGCGAAUAGUACAGAAUAGCAAAGAAUAUGAAAGGAAUAAUGAAAUACAAAACUUUAUAUAAGGGCGACAACAAACCUAGACUUAAAAACAGAUGCAAAAAAGAAAUAGCGAAUAAUAUAAAAUCUCCCAUUAGCUAUUGUUCAAUUAGAAUCAAUUAUUUUAUCACACAUUACAUAUAUGUAUACGCGACAUUGUAACUGUGUUCAUUUUUUAUCAGUGAUACGACAUAACAAUUUACUGGUUCUUUAAUUAUAACAUGAUCGAUUUAUAACAAAAUUUUCAUUAAUUAUGCAAAAGAAGAUAUAUAUUUGUAAAUUUCAAUUUACAUUUCGACAAAUCUUGAAAGAUUCAUCGUUGUUCUUUAUACGUUAUUAUUUUUUCCAAUAUAUUAAAAUAUGAUAAGCGUUAUUUUUUUAAUUUUUCUGCCUUGCUUGGUAUCACUGAAGGAAAUGACCAAUACACAUAUGUUAUGAUUUUGCACUUGGUCGUUACACUGGCAGUAUUGUUUUACAGGAGAACAACAUAUUAUAAAGAUACAAAUAUGUACAUAUAUACACUCCAUAUAUAUAUAUAUAUAUAUAUAUAUAUAUAUAUAUGUAUAUAUUUGUAUCAACACAUAUGUAUACCUAUUAUACUUUCUAAGAUGUACAUUCUUUCAUCUUGUGCUCAUUAAUAAUUAAGGAUAAAGACUACAUAGUUAUAUCUUUUAUCCACAUAGUCACUGUAUAAAUUAAAUAACCUCAUUAAAAUUAAUAUAUAAGAUUCUAAAAUAAAUCUUGAAUUUUUCUCGCUAUUCAAUAGGACAUAAAUAGCAACACGAAAGGAAAAAAUUAGUAAUUAUAAAAAAAAAUGAUGACUUUGCCUUCUGAAAUAUACAAAAAGAAAGAGAAGGGAAAAUGAAGAAAAUUCUAUUUAGAUAAAGUAGGAUCGAUAUUUUACAUUCAGUACUAGUUGACACACAAAAUGUAAUUAUUGUAUCUUAAAACAGGAGAAGCAAUAAGCAAGAAAGAAAAAAUAAAUCGCGACUAAAUUAACACGAUUUUAAAAUCGGUGAUGUCGUGUAAUUUUUAUAAUUUCACAGUCGCCCAGUAUUUAACAAUUUUCUAACAGUUUUUUUAUGAAACAAGCACGUAAGAUGGAUAUUAAGUCGUGUCAAUUCGUUAAAACACGAGUAGUAUUAGUCAGUUAAUAUAAUUCAUGAAUUGAAAAAUAGAAGGAAGAAACAUUUUACGAUGAAUUAAAAGCUAUUGAAUUGUAUGUAAUUAAAAAGUUCUCCAAACGUA